CGCCCUCCUCCCUCCUCCUUCCCCCUUUUCGUUUCUACUGCAUUUUUUUCUGCUCCAGAGAUUGGCUUUUUUGGGUGUUCGACUUUCUGGGUUUUCUUCAUCUGAUUGUUUUCUCUGAGAAAAUUUGUGUGUUUUUUUUGUUUGGGAGGGCUAAUGGAAGAAGAAGAAGAGGGACUUCCUGACCAUCUGCGGUGCAAGAGGACUGAUGGGAAGCAAUGGCGUUGCAAACGAAGAGUGAUGGAGAAUCUGAAGCUUUGUGAAAUUCACUAUCUCCAAGGCCGUCAUCGUCAAUACAAGGAGAAAGUUCCUGAUUCUCUCAAACUUCAAAGGACGAACAGGAAAUCGAUUGAAGCAGAUUCGAAUGUUGAAAACCUCGUAAUUAGGGCGCCGAAAGCGGCAGCACUGGCGAAACUAAUGAAGAAGAAGAAGAAGAAAUUAGCGGGGGCUUCAGCCGCAUUGGAUGGGAUUAUGAAUAGAAUGAAGAUGAAGAAAGGGAGUAUGCAGGUGGAGUUGAUACGGAUGGUGCUGCGGAGGGAAGUGGAGAAGAGAAGAAAGAAGAAGGUUGUGGAGAAGACCAGGAAGUGUAUGAAGAACUUCGGUAACGAAAUUGAGUUGGAGAAGAACAGUGAUAAGGAAAUGAUGAGACAAUUGCCCAAUGGACUCAUGGCUAUUUCUCCUUCUCCAUCUCCUCUCCAAUCUGGCAAUGAAGCUUCUUCCAGCGGAAUCAAGUCUGGGGCAGAAUCAAGGCCGAUUCAGCAACGGCGAUUUCGGUCCAAGAAUGUCAAUAUUCUUCCAGUUGGUGACUUGCAGGUUCUACCAUAUGGGCGUAAUGUGGGGAAUUUGAGAAAAUGUAGGAGGAAGAAGUGCCAUGGGUGUCAGAAAAGUACUUCUUGGAGUUUAACUCAGUGUUCAAGUUGUCAAAAGACCUUCUUCUGCGUAGACUGCAUCAGAGAGCGGUAUUUCGAUACACCGGAAGAAGUUAAAAGGGCCUGCCCUGUUUGCCGUGGGAUUUGCAACUGUAAGGACUGCUCAGUGUAUCAAUCUUUGCACACAGAAUGUAAGUUUCAGGAUUUUUCGGGAGAUGGCGUUGGAAAAAUUUUACGUUUCCAUUAUUUGAUUUGUGUUCUUCUCCCUAUGCUCAAACAAAUAAACAUAGAGAAGCACGCAGAGCUUGAAACAGAGGCCAUGGUAAAAGGGAUAGAACUUUCCGAAGUUGAUAUCAAGCAGGAGGAAUUUAGCAGUCUUGAACAUUGUUGCAGUAACUGCAAAACUGUUAUUGCGGAUCUCUACAGAAGUUGCCCAAGUUGUUCCUAUAAUCUCUGCUUAAGUUGCUGCCGUAAUCACGAGGAUUCGAAUGGAGUAUAUAACAUGUCUGUUCCGAAGUAUCGUAAUGGAAAGAAAACCUGUCUGUCUGAUAAAAAGAAACUUUUGAGAAACAAGAAGUUAAAUCCUAGUCUGUGGCUUCCUUCUUCCAAAUCAUUGCAUAAAGGGAGAGUUCAUAAUAGUGUUAGACAUUUUUCUUGUCCGUCAAAAGAAUGUGGCAGUUGCAUUGACAGCCUUCUUGAGUUGAGAUGCAUUUUCCCGUUAAGUUGGACUAAGGAACUUGAAGUGAGUGCAGAAGAAAUAGUAUGCAGCUAUGAUUUUCCAGAGUCUGUCGAUGCGUCGUCAAACUGUACUUUGUGCUUUAGUGAGGAUCAUAAGGUUGAUGGAACUGAAGAGUUCCAGAAAGUAGCUGUCCGAGAGGAUUCAAAUGAUAACUAUUUGUAUUAUCCCAGCCUUCAUGAUAUCCGUCUUGAUGACCUCGAGCACUUUCAGAGGCACUGGGUUAAGGGUCAUCCAGUAAUUGUACGUAAUGUACUGGAGAAUUCAGAUCUGACUUGGGAUCCAGUAGUUAUGUUUUGCACUUACCUUGAGAGAACCAUUUCGAGAUACGAAAAUAGCACGAGUCUCCCUGAAGCUACCAAUAACUUGGAUUGGUGUGAGGUAGAAAUUGGCAUUAGGCAGUAUUUUAUGGGUUCUCUAAAGGGACAGACGCACACAAACACUUGUAACAACAUGCUAAAAUUAAAAGGUUGGCUUUCUUCCCAUUUGUUUCAAGAGCAGUUUCCAGCUCAUUAUGCUGAAAUAAUGCGAAUUCUACCACUUCAAGAAUACAUGAACCCCAUGUCUGGUCUUCUGAAUCUAGCUGCAAAGUUGCCACAGGAAACUGCAAAGCCUGACAUGGGUCCAUCUGUCUAUAUUGCCUAUGGAUGUUCUGAAGAUCAUGUUUUGACUGACUCUGUCUCCCGAUUAUGUUAUGACUCGUACGACGUGAUUAACAUUUUGGUCCACAGUACAGACGUCCCUGUUUCAACAGAACAACUUACAAAAGUUGUAAACUUGCUUCAAAGGCAAAGGGCUCUAAGGGAGUCCUCCAAUACCUCUACUAAUCAGUCAAGUGUGGAGUCUUGUAAGCCUGGAGAAGAAACACCCCUCAGUAAGAGGUUUGCAAAAGUACCCUGUUUUUCUGUAUCCACUGAUCAAGUGUAUGCUCAUGGUAUUAAACGCCCUAGUAUGAGCUCUGACGGUACAUGUGAUUCGGAUCAUGAACCAUUAAUGCUUCGGUGCAAAUCUUCCCGAAUUAAUGAGACAACUGGAGAUCAAAAGAAGUUUAGGGAUCAGACAAAAUCAUCUCUUGUUGCUGGAAACAAUUCUUCAAAGUCGUGUCGUGCCCAAUGGGAUGUCUUUCGGAGGCAAGAUGUUCCAAGGCUAUCAGAGUACCUUCGCAGGCAUUCUGAUGAGCUCGUUCAUAAGCAUGUUGUGCAUCCAAUUCUCGACCAGAAUUUUUUUCUCGAUGCAACCCACAAAUUGAGGCUGAAGGAGGAGUUUCAAAUUGAACCAUGGACUUUUGAACAAAAUGUUGGAGAAGCUGUCAUUAUUCCUGCUGGAUGUCCAUACCAGAUACAGAAUCGACAGUCUUGCGUUCACGUAGUAUUAGAUUUCAUCUCACCUGAAAGCGUUGGCGAAAGUAUCCAGUUGAUCGACGAGGUUCGACUGCUACCAGAAAACCACAUAGCAAAAGUGAAGACAUUAGAGGUAAAAAAGAGGGCCCUCGCUACUAUAGAUGCAGCAAUAAAAAGAGUUCGGGAGCUUACAAAUGCACUGCAAGUACCCCAUUGAUCGUGUAAGGUUCUUUUUUUCUAUCCCUUUAUUUUUCUGGUUCAGCAUUCUUUAUCUACCAUUGUCGGUGUCUAAUAUGCAUCGAAUUGGUUGAUUUGAUGCUCAAUUUGACACACUUAUAGAAUAUCUUUGGCAUCUGUUGUCCAAAUCUCUGUGGAGUUCAAGAUGAAACCAUACUGCACCUCCCUCACUUAAGCUAAAUUUGUAGUUUCAAAGUUCUUUUACGAAAUAAUCUCAAAAUAGAUGGAGGAUCAACUAA